AUGACAUUACUAAUACCGAAACUGGUAGCUCUCACCACUGGUAAUGGUAACACAUUCGAAGACAAUGUGGUGGUUAAUAACCAAAAGGUUUUGAAAGUCGCUGGUCGGCAAGAUAUCCCAAUCUACAGAGGUGCUAGAUCCUCGUUGGUCCACACACCCUCCACUAACGCGUACUAUGGAGUAGAUGGUCUUGGGGACACGGGAGAGAAUGUCACAGAUUUGGGACCAGUCCAGGAAGAAAAUGCUGUCAUGCGUCUCAUAGAACUGUCUAAGAUGCAUGAAGGUCGUCUCUUCAUAGUUACUAUUGGGACGUUAACUAAUAUUGCUUUGGCAAUAAAAAUUGAUCCUCAAUUUUUGAAUCGACUGUCCCAACUCUAUGUUGCAGCUGGACAUAUUCAUAGUGAUAUGCACCCACAACCAGAAUUCAACGCUUUAAUGGAUGCAGAAGCAUACCAUAUCGUUGUAAAGAAUGCAACUCCAGACAAAGUUACUGUCGUACCUUUCUCGCAGAUUCAAAUAUUUCUGAAUUACACAAGAACUUGGAGACAGGAAACUCUAGGUGCUAUUGACAGUGAGGUCGUUAGAGCUAUGAACAAGUACGAACAGGUGUCUCUUCGGAGACCUGGAAGCAGAUGGCAAUCUUUGGACCCGUCGGCUGUCGCUGCUGCCAUCAAGACAGAACUGGUUAAUGAGUAUAAGUACUCCCAGAACGAUAUCAUACUUUGCGGAGAUAAAAGAGGCUUAAAUACUAACAAGAUUGUGGACAAAGAACAUGCAAACGUUAGAAUGAUUUAUUCAAUGAAAGACGCCGAAUAUCAACAAUUUUUACUUGACCUAUUUAGACGAAAGUAAAAUAAAAUGUCAUUAAACAAAA